AUGUCCACGGGAGAGAGAACUCUGUCAACUACGUCUGUGGAAUCAACCGCAGCAUCAGACAGCACCCCGAAAGACUCCCCCGCCGGCUCUGUCUCAGAGGCACCCAAGAAGAAGAAGAAGAAGUCCAAGAAGAACGUGGAGAGCAUGAACAAAGUCUACAUGUCUGUGCUCAACAGUGUCUUCGGAGCCGAGAGGGAACUGGCACAGGCAGAGCUGGAUGAGCUGCAGCAGGCCUUCAAAGAGUUUGACUAUGACCAAGAUGGAUACCUGAACUACAAGGAUGUGGCUGAGUGCAUGAGGACCAUGGGCUACAUGCCCACAGAGAUGGAGCUGUUGGAGAUAGUCCAGCAGAUCAAGAUGAGAAUGGGAGGCCUGAUGGACUUUGAGGACUUUGUGGAGCUGAUGGGGCCCAGAAUGAUGGGGGAGACGGCAGACAUGUUGGGUCUGAAGGAGCUCCAGUCUGCUUUUGUACAGUUCGACUUGGAUGGAGACGGGAACAUAAACCAGGAUGAGAUGAAGGAGGCAGUGAAGAGCCUGCUGGGAGAGAAACUGAAGAAGGGCGAGCUGGAGGAGAUUCUCAAGGAGCUGGAUGUCAACGCUGACGGCAACAUCGACUUUGAAGAGUUUGUCAUGAUGCUGUCCAUUCGCUAACAAAUAGCUAAGGCCUAACAGCUGGACAACAUGAACGCCCCAGCUCACCUCAGG